UCUGCGUUUCAUUGAAUUUCAUUGAUUUUCAAUGGGCAAAAAGAAAGCAAAGGAUCCGCAACAAACCCCUCAAAGCAAUGGACUCCGUUUCAUCUCUUUUAUUUUCAACACGCUCUUUGGCAACACGCUCUUUGCCACCGCUUCUCUAUUUUCCGAUUUCAACCCCUUUCGUAGAAAGCCUCAACAACAUGCUUCGGUUUCUUACCCAACCAUUCCCUCUCAAAGCCCUAACAAUGGCGGCUCCGGGAGCCACGAUUCCGGCGAAGAUAAAAAGAGGAAGAGGAAGAAUAACAAGGAGGAAAGACCCAUUCUUGAUUCGGAUUCCGUAACUGAAAGAAGAGUAAACUUCGGAGAAGAAGAGGAAAGGGGAAAAGGGAAGAAGGAGUGGGAGGAGAAGAAUAACAUAAUUUGGGUACGCAAACAAAAAAAAAAGGGCGAGGUUGUAAUCGAAGGUGAGGAGGGAAAGAUGAAGGAGAAGAAGAGGAAAAGGGAAGAGCUUGAGAAAGAGUGGGAGGAGAAGAAGUAUGGUGUGGUGGUGGAAGGAGAGGAAGAUGAAAAGGAAAGGUUUGGGAAUAAAACUCUUGAGAGCAAGAGGAAGAUGAUAUAUAACCCAGCUGAUAUGUUGGUUUCAAAGGAAGGUUAUGAUGACGAGGAUAAGCUUUUGAGGACUAUUUUAGUUGGGAAUUUGCCUCUCAAGUUGAAAAAGAAGACUUUGUUGAAGGAGUUUAAGAAAUUUGGUGAGGUUGAGUCUCUGGUGACUCGUUCUGUUCCAAUACAAGAUACCAAAAAACCUAGGAAGGGAGCCAUCCAUUCGAAGAAAAUAAAUGAUUCCGCUGAUAGUGUUCACGCAUACAUUGUUUUCAAGACAGAGGAAUCUGCUCAGGCUUCUUUGUCCCACAACAUGACUGUGGUUGAAGGAAAUCACAUUCGUGUUGAUAGGGCUUGCCCACCCCGCAAGAAACAUAAAGUGAAGAUUGCUUCGCUUUAUGAUAACAAGAGAACUGUUUUUGUGGGCAACCUCCCAUUUGAUGUUAAGGAUGAAGAACUAUAUCAGUUAUUUUGUGGUAUAUCCAACCUGGAAUCAAGUAUAGAAGCUGUUAGAGUCAUUAGAGAUCCUCAUCUUAAUGUUGGAAAGGGUAUUGCCUAUGUGCUGUUUAAAACAAGGGAAGCUGCUAAUUUUGCUGUUAAGAAACGGAACUUGAAGCUUCGAGACCGAAAGUUGAAAAUCUGUCAUGCGAGAAUCUGUCGUGCCAAAGCGGAUGCCACCCCAUCUAAAAGGCCAAACCCAUCACCAGCUCCUAGUACCCCUGCAAAGAAGUUGGCUGUGGCUUCACGAUCUCCUUCCAACAGUAAUAACAAGUCAAACAAAAAAACUAAUGCAUCUUAUCAAGGUCUGCGUGCAACCAAAUCUGAUAUCAACAAGAAAGUUCAUGGGAGAGAAAAACGAAAAGAGCGCAUGACGAAAAGGGCAGCAGUAGCUGCGAAAAAGGCUAAAGCAAAAUUGUUCAAGGAUGGUGGUACACCAAAACAAGCAGGGGUAAAACGCAAGCUUGAUAGGCGUACUCCAGAUAGCUCCCUACGAAAUAAGAAGGGUGGUACACCAAAACAAGCAGGGGUAAAACGCAAGCUUGAUAGUCGUACUCCAGAUAGCUCCCUACGAAAUAAGAAGGCCAAGAAGAAUAACAGAUAGCGUGUUCCUAAUGGUAUCAGGCCAAGAACGCCGGCCUUUAAGUUCAAUGAAACUGGAGUGCAGGCUUUCCCACAGAUGGUAUUUGAUCACUGGAAUAUGGUUCCAUCUGAUCCACUGGAACCUGGGACACCUGCUGCUGCAUAUGUUGCUGUGAUUCGGAAGAUGAAAGGCUUGAAGGAACAAAUGAUGCCUCUCUGAGUUCGAGGACAGGCUUUGAAGUAUCAAUAAGCCUUAAAUAAAACUAACGUUGUAUGUUUGUAAUUGUAGUUUUAUAUUUCAGUUUGCUACUUCUCUUGUUGUUAUCUUAAUGUCAAUUUCGGUAGUCUUCUAAUUUCUUUUCCGGAAAA